CUCUUGGCAAGAGCACAUGCAUGCAGGUAAAUUUUAGGCGCUGAGCGAGCUCCUUUCCUCAACCCUCCUUCUGCUCCAUCUUGGGAGCGGGAGCAGCCAUGGCAGCAGCAGCAGCAGCAGACGAGGAGAGGCCCCUGCUUGAUCUCCAACCCCUGAUUAAUCAGGAUGUAGCUUCGGAAUACACCAGCGACGGAUCUGUUGACAUCAACAAUCAGCCUGCUUUGAAGCGCAACACAGGCAAUUGGAGGGCGUGCUACAUGAUUUUAGCCGUCGAGUUUUGCGAAUGCGUCGCCUUCUUCGCAAUCGCGUCCAACUUGGUAACCUAUCUCACCACCGUGCUCCACGAAAGCAAGGUCGCCGCUGCGCGGGACGUCUCUGCCUGGGUUGGCGCAUGCUUCCUCACACCACUUAUCGGGGCCUUCUUGGCUGACACGUAUCUGGGAAGAUACUGGACGAUGGUCGUUUCCCUUCCGGUCCAUACCACCGGAAUGCUCGUGCUCGCAGUUGCAGCAUCAGUCCCGUCAUCCUACUACCAUGGCGAUGUUCAUCAUGCCGUGGUGGUGUACCUUGGACUCUAUCUUGCUGCACUUGGGACCGGUGGCAUCAAACCCUGCUCGUCGGCCUUCGGUGCCGACCAGUUCGACGGCGGGGACCCGACGGAGCUGGAGAAGAAGGGCUCCUUCUUCAACUGGUACUACUUCCUGAUGAAUCUUAGCUCCCUUCUGUCGAGCACACUGCUUGUUUGGCUGCAGGAUAAUGGUUGGUGGGGGCUCAGUUUUGCGAUCCCAACGGUGCUCAUGACCUUGAGCCUAGCAGUAUUUGUUGGUGGCUCCAGAGUGUACCGGUUCAGGAAGCUGAGAGCAAGCCCAUUCACGAGUAUCUGUCAGGUUCUCGUUGCGGCCGUCAGGAAGUGGCGUGUGCGACUGCCAGAUGAUGUCUCGCUCUUGUACGAGCCGCCCAGUUCGUCAUCAUCAGCUGAAUCAAGUCACCAAAUUCAGCACACGAAUCAGUUCAGGUUUCUAGACAAGGCUGCCACCGUGAUUCCCCCGUCAGACAAGACGUGCACGGCGUUGCCGAUGUGUUCAUGGAGUCUCUGCACAGUGACCCAAGUUGAGGAGCUCAAGAUACUGCUGCGGAUGUUCCCGGUCUGGGCGUCGUACGUGAUCUUCUACGCGGUCGCCGGGCAGACCGCAUCAACGUUUGUAGAGCAGGGGAUGGUCAUGGACAACCAUGUCGGCCGGUUCACAAUCCCACCGGCCUCCCUCUCUAUUGUCAGCGUGUUCAGCGUCCUUAUCGGGGUUUUCAUCUACGAACCCGUGCUAGUGCCGCUCGCGCGGCGCUAUACUGGCAAUGCGAAGGGCUUCUCGCAGACGCAGCGCCUUGGGAUCGGCUUUGCGCUGUCCAUGCUGACCAUGGUCUACUCAGCAGUCCUCGAGAUGAAGAGGCUGGCGAUCGCGCGAGCCAGCGGCCUGGCAGACCAGAAUGUGCCAGUGCCACUGAGCAUUUUGUGGCAAGUGCCCGCAUACGUGAUGCUUGGCACGGCUGGCGUUUUCUCAGGAAUCGGCAUGAUGGAGUUCUUCUACGAUGAGGCCCCUUACACCAUGAAGAGCCUAUGUGCGGCAUUUUCGCAGCUUGCGAUUGCGUCCGCGGCUUACUUCAACGCGCUGGUGUUCAGUGUUGUUGCGGUGGCCACGACGCACGGUGGCGCGCCCGGGUGGAUCCCGGAUAAUCUGAAUGAAGGGCAUUUGGACUAUUUCUUCUGGAUGAUGGCUGCUCUUAGCUUACUGAAUCUGGCGCAAUUUGUGUACUACUCCAUGAGGUAAAGACAGUGACGUUCCUCGCAGGUGCGUUGGUUUUUCCUCCAAGCUUAAAGGAUGAUGUAGCACAGU